GGCCGGAGCGGCAGCCCCGCGCCGCGGCAGGAUGGGCCCCUCCGGCGGGCUCCCCGCGGCCGGCGGCAGAUUCAUUCCUGCUUUGUGGCGUUCGAGGGGAAACCGGACCCUGCUGCUUAUCAUCUCGUCUCGCCCUGCUCCGCAGCCUCCAAAACCCACCGGCUUGGCCGGAACGGCGGGAGACGUCGGGAUGCGUCGCGGCUCCCCGGGGGCUCUCCGCCCGCGGCUCCCGGGCUGCUAAGGGCCAGGCUUCCGCGUUUCCCUGGCCGGGGGCGGUCAGGAAACAAUUUAAAUUUCAAAGUGAGGAUUGCCAUGGGAUCCCCCCGCAGGAGCCGGUGCGCGGGGGUGCCUGGAGCGCGGUGACGGUGACGCUGAGCCUCCGCGCGAUCCACGUCCCCGGGGCCCGGACCCGGCGGCGCCCGGGGCCCGCUGCCACGUGUUAACGCUGCCCCGCUCCUCUGCCAAACCACAGAAUCACUUCUGAACAGGCAACGCUGGCAGGAUGCUGCUCUCCUUGCUCUUCCCCCACGUGAGCUGGCCCGUCCGAUGCCUCAUUCGUGACUUGCGCCAUUGCACGCGGGGGCUGUACGGGCAGAAGAGGGCUGGCUGCUCCCGCAGGGGUCUGCAAACCACAUGGACAGCCUGCAGCAGUGAUGUUACCCCUGUUUUCACUAGAGCUUUGGCUUUCGGUGAUAAAAUUGCCAUCGUUGACCAGAACGGAGAGCACACAUACAGGGACCUUUUCAGUCAGAGUCUGCGCUUGUCCCAGGAGAUCUGCAGAGUUCUGAAGUGCUCUGGCAGGGACCUGAAGGAAGAGAGGAUCUCGUUCUUGUGUCCCAAUGAUUCCUCAUAUGUGGUUGCCCAGUGGGCUUCAUGGAUGAGUGGAGGCAUAGCAGUCCCCCUGUACAAGAAACACCCCGUGCAGGAACUGGAGUACGUGAUUCAGGACUCACAAAGUGCUUUAGUCAUUGCGGCAGAGGAAUAUGUGCAGAAAAUGGCACCUAGUGCUGAGAGACUGGGUGUCCCAGUUUUGCCACUUCUUAAAUCUCAUAGCAAUGGAUCUGCAAGUCAUACAGCACUGGAAGAGGUUCUCUUAACAACCAACUCCUCAUGGAAAGGCAGAGGAGCCAUGAUAAUCUACACUAGUGGGACAACAGGGAGGCCAAAAGGUGUCCUAAGUACCCAUGAGAACAUACAAGCUGUGACCACAGGGCUGAUUGACAAGUGGGAGUGGAAGAAAGAAGAUGUUAUUCUGCACGUGCUGCCUUUGCAUCAUGUCCAUGGGGUGAUCAAUAAGCUUCUGUGUCCUCUCUGGGUGGGAGCAACAUGCAUCAUGUUACCCGAAUUUAGUGCACAGAUGGUUUGGAAGAAGUUGUUAAGCUCUCAAGCGCACCGUAUCAGUGUCUUCAUGGCAGUACCCACUAUUUAUGCCAAACUGAUUGAGUAUUAUGACAAACAUUUCUCUCAACCACAAGUCCAAGAUUUUGUGCGUGCUUUUUGCAAGGAUAACAUCAGGUUAAUGGUGUCAGGCUCAGCAGCCCUGCCUGUGCCUGUCAUGGAGAAAUGGAAGAACAUCACUGGGCACAUGUUGCUGGAGAGGUAUGGGAUGACUGAGAUUGGAAUGGCACUUUCUAACCCUUUACAUGGACUCCGUGUUCCAGGUUCAGUGGGGACCCCACUUCCAGGGGUGGAAGUGCGCAUUGCCACCGAGACCUUGAAAAGCGGCAUUCAUUCCUACAGCAUCCAUGCCCAGGGAGAUGAAAACAGCACACAGGUGACGCCGGGCCUGGAAGGCCAAGAAGGGGAACUUUUCGUUAAGGGGCCCUCGGUAUUCCGCGAAUACUGGAAUAGACCCAAAGAAACAAAAGAUGCUUUCACGCCCGAUGGCUGGUUCAAAACAGGAGACACGGCAGCCUACAAAGAUGGCGUUUACUGGAUCAAGGGCCGCACCUCCGUAGACAUCAUCAAAAACGGCGGGUUUAAAAUCAGCGCUCUGGAGGUGGAGCGUCAUCUGCUAGCGCACCCUCACAUAGCAGAUGUGGCCGUGAUUGGGCCCCCAGACAUAGUCUGGGGCCAGCGGGUCAGUGCAGUCGUGCAGCUGCGCAAGGGGGAGAUGCUGUCUCUGAAGGACCUGAAGGACUGGGCCAGAGAGACCAUGGCACCUUACAGCAUCCCCACAGAACUGAUCGUGGUAGAGGAGAUCCCACGCAAUCAGAUGGGAAAAGUCAACAAGAAGGAUCUUCUGCGGCGCUUUUACCCAACCUAGUGCACGGCCAGGCCAAGGAGCCCUGGGGUCCUACACUGCAUCUAUUUCCAGAGUUUCUGAAAUGAUGCUGUCUAGGUACCAGCAGUGAUGAGCAGUGGCACUUCUGGGCUCAUUGCAAUGGUCACAGUCUUGUCCAUGAAAUAAAGUCCAAUAAAAGCAGGAUUCAUCCCA